CAGGUUCGGCUCGGGCGGACAGAAGCCCGACGUCGGGUGUGACGGACAGACCCGAGAGGCCACAAUCUCACAGCAGAAAUGAAGUUCGUCCGGUUUCUGAUGAAAAAUGCCGCCUUGGCCAGUGUUCCCAAACACAUCGAGCAUUUCUCCAAGUUCUCCCCCUCGCCGCUCUCCAUGAAGCAGUUUCUCGAUUUCGGCUCCAACAACGCCUGUGAGAAGACGUCCUUCGUCUUCUUGAGACAGGAGCUUCCGGUCAGGCUGUCAAACAUUAUGAAGGAAAUCAACCUGCUGCCGGACAAACUGCUCAGCACCCAGUCUGUGCAGAUGGUGCAGAGCUGGUACAUCCAGAGUUUAAUGGAGAUCCUCGAGUUCCUGGACAAGAAUCCUGAUGACUACAAAGUCCUGGGGGAGUUUGUUGACGCCUUAGUCACCAUCAGAAACAGGCACAACGACGUCGUGCCGACUAUGGCUCAGGGCAUCAUAGAAUACAAAGAGGCUUUCCCCCAGGACCCGGUGACCAAUCAGAACAUCCAGUACUUUCUGGACCGCUUCUACUUGAGUCGCAUCUCCAUCCGCAUGCUCAUCAACCAGCACACUCUUAUUUUUGAUGGCACCACCAACCCCGUCCACCCGAACACCAUCGGGAGCAUCGACCCUCACUGUCAGGUCGGGGAUGUGGUCCAGGACGCCUUCCACAGUGCCAAGAUGCUCUGUGACCAGUACUAUCUGUGCUCCCCUGACCUCGUCCUGCAGGAGAUGACCAACAAGAAGAAGAACCUCCCGAUAAGCAUCGUGUACGUGCCCUCCCACCUCUAUCACAUGCUGUUUGAGCUCUUUAAGAAUGCUAUGAGGGCCACCAUUGAGACUCAUGAGAACAGCAGCCACCUCCCACCCAUUCAAGUCAUGGUGUCUCUCGGCGGCGAGGACAUGUCGAUCAAGGUGAGCGACAGGGGCGGCGGCGUCCCCUUUCGAAGGAUCGACAACCUUUUCAGCUACAUGUACUCCACCGCUCCCGCUCCACAGAUAGGAGAGCACGCACGGCCCCCACUGGCUGGCUUCGGCUACGGUCUGCCCAUCUCUCGUCUCUACGCCAAGUACUUCCAGGGGGACCUGCAGCUCUACUCCAUGGAGGGCCACGGCACAGACGCUGUCAUCUACUUGAAGGCGCUGUCCACAGACUCCAUCGAGAGGCUGCCAGUGUACAACAAAACUGCUCUGAGGAACUACAAAGUGAGCCAAGAGGCUGACGACUGGUGCAUACCCAGCAAAGAGCCCCUAGAUCUGAGCAACUAUAAGGUGGCCAAGUGAAACUGUCCGCCACACCUGGUGCUUCAGCCCCACGUACCCCGACGCCUUCAGACUUUCUGUCUUCAUACUCCCACGCCUUCAUCUGUCGAGCCAGAUGUGAGAGGGUCGUCUCCAGACUGAAGCAGACCUCUUCGUUUCCAGUCCAGUUUCAGCAGUAGCAUGUUCAUGUUGUCCUCUGACGUCCGUUCGGCUGCUUCAUAAGAAAGCAGAUGCUAACAGAAUACUCACAGUCACCUCUGAGACGCCUCCUCUGCUGCGUCAACAGGGGGCGUAAGUGGGCAUGUGCAGGUGGAGGCACCACCCAGAGAAAAGACGAGAAAAGACUGAUGCAAAGUGACAGAGUCUAAAUAUUCCAGACGCUACACAUGCAGUCAAACGGGGGGGGGGGACCACAUCCUGUGUUCUGUAGGAAAUGUCACCAAGCCUUAAAGUAGCAACUUCACCCAAAGGCUCAUUUCAUUGAAAUACUUGAACUGUCGCGCCUCGUUAAAUGACGCUGUAACGCCGAUUUGAACAAAUGUUUUGACAUUUUGGUUGAGUGAUUUUGUGCUUUCUGCAUGAAUAUUUGUUUGAGCUCUUGACAUUUCAGCCUUUGAAAUUUUAAUGGCAGUAUUCGUACCGACUGUUAGCUUAGCAUCAGCUUCCUGGACCAGGCUGAAUGUGCUCUGCUCUUUUCCGUGCAUUAAUUAGCAUUGAUUACAGAGACGAAGGGUGUUACAUGAUAGGAAUUAACAGCGCUGUAGGGCCCAUGUUUCAGCCGCCGGAGGAUUUGCCCUGUUUGUUUGGAGGUUUCAUGCUCUCAGCUGAGUUCAGUGGAGGCUCGUGUUGUUAAACCCCUGAAGGCAGCGCAUGUCAGGUCUGAGUCCUCGACCAGUCUGUGAUCCACUGAAGCGAGGCCAGUCUCAGAUAGUUUAUCACACUGUGCCAUAGUAGGAAAAGAUGCCCUGUGCACACAUUUCUUUUGUAUUGAAUUAAUCUUAGAGUCCGUGAAAGCUUAUUUUUAUAGCUGCACUUUUUGUGACUGAAAUUAUUGUACAUACUGUAAAUACUGUACAAUCCAAGAAAUAAAUAAGAACAAGUUUA